GUUGGCAACGCCGACAUUGUGCAACGCGAAAACGGGCGAAGAGAAAUACGUAUUUUAAUUGCAUUUACUGGCAAAAAGCGGCGGAAAUAAUGACGGUGAACAAGCGCGACGCGGCCGCAACGCGAUCGCGGUGCUUUUUCGACAUUUCGCUGGGCGGCUUGGGCGUGGGCCGCAUUGUUUUCGAGCUGUACGGCGAUGUGGCUCCGAAGACGGCCGAGAACUUCCGGGCGCUGUGCACGGGGGAAAAGGGAUUGGGCCUCGUCACCGGCAAGAAGCUCCACUACAAGGGGGUGAUAUUCCACCGGGUGGUCAAGGACUUCAUGGUCCAGGCGGGCGACUUUUCCGCAGGCAACGGCACCGGCGGCGAGUCCAUCUACGGCGGAACAUUCGAGGAUGAGUGCUUUGAGAAGAAGCACGAUCGUCCCUUCCUGCUGUCGAUGGCCAACCGGGGCAAGAACACCAAUGGCUCGCAGUUCUUUAUUACAACACAGCCUGCGCCACAUUUGGACAAUAUCCAUGUUGUAUUCGGCCAAGUUAUUUCCGGUCAGGAGUUGGUGCGACAAUUGGAGGAUCUGCCCAUCGAUCGGAACUCGCGGCCGCUGCAGGAUGCGGCCAUAGCCAACUGUGGGGAACUAGUUAGACAGACAAAGGCCAAAAAGGAAAAGAAGCGCAAGAGGCGCUCCACGGUCACGGACGACACAAACAGCGAGGAAAGCGAGGCUGAGGUCAAGAUGGAACGCAAGGAGAAAAAGAAAAAGCGCAGCCGCAAGGAGACAAACGCCAGCGAUAGCGAAGAUAAUGAGGCAAGACGGGGCAAUGGAAAACCUGACCCAAAUCCCCAGGAUGACGAUGAGGAGCGCGAGGAGGGCGAACUCCAUCCACUGGUCACAAUUACUAAGAUAGAUCCUAACGAGAUACCAGAGGUAUCGAACAAAUUUCUAAUGCGCGGUGAGAGAUCUAGGUCCCGAGAACGCGAAGAUCGUGGAGGUCGAGGACAAGAUCGCGAUCGAGGCAGAGAUCAGGAUAGAGACCGCAAUCGCAAUAACUUUGGUUGGUCCAAGAAACAGGCACAGCCCACAUCGCGCAGCGGACGCAUUGUCAAAGGUCGUGGCGUGUUUCGUUUUCGCACUCCCUCGCGCAGUCGAUCGCGCAGCAAUACGCCGCCCCACUGGAAGCAUGCCCAGAAGCGCACCAUUAAGCUGUCCGAUUUGGAGCGCAUCGAGGAGGAGAGCAAGAUGCGCGAGGAGGAGGUGAAGCGUCGCGAGAACGAGCGAAAACGUCGCCACGAGGAGGCCACCAAGAAUCCUAAGCAGUCGUUCUUUGAGCUUUCCCAUGCCAGCACUUACGGUGGCAAGGUGACGCCAGAUAAACAAUCGCCAGAACAUAGAAACAAGUCGAAGGAGACAUCAGAUCGCGGCAAGCCCAAGGAUAAGGAGAAGGCCAGCGAGAAGGAUAAGGCAAAGGACAUGACUCCUCUCAAGCGCCGCAAGUCGAUGGACAUGAAUGCUUUGGACUACGAGCAGCAGACAGAAAGCGAAGCCGAGUCCGAAGACGAGGAACUGAAGGUGAAACCACCUACCAAGCAGGAUGUAAAAGCGGAGUCAUCGACCAGCAAGGAUCGAAAUUCAAAGCGCGAAGAUCGCAAACCCGAGGAGAAAGCCAGGGGCAAGCGCACUCGCUCUCGAAGUCCGCGUCGCCAGUCUCCUUCUCGUCGUCAGCAGCGCUCGCCCGCCAGGCGUCCUGGUCAAAGUUCCAACCAGAAUCAGAAUCAGUUGCAACGCGGCAAUCGCCGGAAUCCCUUUGCAGACAGAGAUCGACGCCGGCGUUCGCGCUCACAGGAUAAUGAGUACCGCAAUCGUUUUCCCUUGUCACCCAUCAGAGGAAGGGGCUCUCCUGCCGGCGGAGAUCGCCGCCGUCAGCAGCGUUCCCGCAGUCAGGGACGCAGGCAGGAUUCGCCCAAUCACAGGCGUCAGGUGUCGCCGGGCAGAAAACGUCAGGAAUCGCAGAGUAGGAGGCGAGAUUCACCAGCUCGAAAGCGACGGGAUUCGGUGGAAAGGAAGCGAGAGGACUCCAGUGACAGAAAACGAGAGGCUUCUUCGAAUAAAAAACGUGAGGAUUCCCCUGAAAGAAGUCCUAGUAGAAAGCGCAAGGAUUCUGCCAAUAGGAAGAGAGAAGAUUCCGAAGUCAAAAAGCCACUUGAAUCUUCCAGCAAAAAGCGGGAGGAUUCUCCAGGGCGAAAGCGUAAGGAUUCUGACAAAAAGCGACAGGAUUCACCUGUGAAAAGACAAGAUUCGCCAGGCAGAAAGCGUCAGGAGUCGCAAGACAAAAAACGGCAUGAAUCUCCGGUCAAAAAACAAGAUUCACCGGGUAGGAAGCCACAGGAUUCCCUAGCCAAAAGACAGGACUCACCAGGCAGGCGUCGCAGGGAUUCGCCAGAAAGAAAACGCAAGGAAACCCCCGACAGAAGGCGGAAAGAUUCGCCUGCUAGAAGACGCCAGGAUUCAAGACGACAGGAGUCGGAUGGCAGAAGGCGUCGCGAAUCCUCCGGUAACAGGCGCAGCCGCGGACGCCGGCACAGCUCGUCGCGCAGUCGCAGUCCCUCAACUAGUCGCUCCCGCCGUCGCCGCUCGCGCAGUCCACUGCCCAAGCUCACAUCCGCACUGCCCAUGGACGAGGAUCGCGAGAAGGCGGCCCGCGAGAAGAUGCAGAAGCGGGCAGAGGCCGCGAUGCUGAUGAAGGAGCACAUGCGCAAUGAGAUUGCCAAGGAGGAGGAGCGGCGGUUGGAGAAACAGCGCCAGGAUGACAUGGACAAGGAGCGCACGACCCGCGAGCUCAACGAGCUGGAGCGCCUGAAGGCCGAGACCAUCAAGAAGCUGCAGGACGAGGAGCGAGUGGGUUCGGUGGGAGCGGGAAUAGAAACACCAGUCGGAGGCGAGGACAAACCCGAUGUCGCAACCACGCGGAACAAACGAGAGUCCAGCACGGAGGAUCGACAUCGCGACAAGAAGCGCAAGCAUAAAAAAUCAAAGAAGUCCUCGGCUCGAUCCGAUUCCGAUUAAUCAAACUAAUCACACCAAUCCUAGACAGUAGUUGAAUCCCCAACAGCGGCUGACCGAAGUUUUGUUCCACCAAUUUCCUACAUUUACACGAAAUUACCAUUGUAUAAAUUGCGACCACCAAGUUUUUGUAACAAAGUCCGUUUAAUAAAGGUAAACGUCACUGUA